AUGACCGACGAGCUGCCAGCGCCCCUCGCCCGGCGCCUGAGCCAGCAAUUCUCCACUACUCCCUCCCCAAAUCCCGAUGGUCGAUUGAAACGCCUCUCCCUCGUCGCCGCGCGGGAAGUUGGUUCGGGUUCGCCGGUGCGCGCCUCGCGAGAUGAGGAGGGGCGGACGAGCGUCGAUAGCCUGCGUACCCCCAUUGCGGCCUCGCCUUCCCCCCGCCCUCCGAUUGCUGCGUCACCGUCACCGAGACCACGGCAUAGUGGGCGGCAGAGCUCGAUCUCAUAUUCGCCUAGUGUCCGGACUGCUGGACACUCUGUGCAGGGCAGCAUUUCGAUGCGGAGAGCGGAGAGGUCUAGCUUGGAGAAGGAAGAGAAGGAAGAAGAGGGGCGGCAGAGUACAGAUACGCUUACGCUUGGCGAGAAGCACUCGGACCUGCUGCGCAUGAUCGCUAUGCGCGAACGGCGCGUGAACGAGCUCAAGCAAGAACUCGCGAUACAGGAGGAAGCACUCGCGUCGCUGCGCGCCCGCUGGACGGCCAUAGCGCGCGCUGACGCCGUCAUCCCUACAAGCAUUCCUACACCGCGGAGAAGAGACACCGCAUCGCAUACCUCCACACCGUCAACAUCACUCCCGUCCCUCGUUCGCACCCACCCCAACAGCGUGAGCACGAGCAGUACAGCCUCCUCGUUGCCGACCGUUCCCGAUGACGAGCCGACAGAAGACAGCCCAAUAGGUCCGAACACUGGCCAGGCGCUCGGUGGUUUAUGGAACGCGAUCACUGCCGACGCAGAUGAGACGAUCCAGGAGGGCAAGCGGUUUUGGGGUCAGCUGCUGCGCACUGUUGGCGCAGCGGCAGGCGGCAACGUUCCAGAUGAGGCAGCGCGGCCGAUGGAACGCGUACGCAGCACGGGUAGUGCGACAGGUGAUGAGGCCAAGGUUGAAAUACCCAACAUGCGUAACAUGGCAUCAACGUUCGGCUUCCUCCCCACCAAACCGUACACGCCACCGCCACUGGAGCGGCGCACGUCUCGCUCGUCGGCCAAGUCGCCUGGAUCCGUGGGGUCUGCACCAAGCCGUGAACGGAGCCCGGUGAAGAGCAUCGCGAGCAACGCUUCGCAGAGCCCUACGCGGAGUGUGCGGAGCCUGCGCCGUGUCGCGAGCGGGGAGAACAAGCCUAUCGACAAGGAGACGCCCAAGGCAACUCCGCUGCUCUCGCCGACGCCUGUUCCCCCGGAGCGCCGGCUCAGCGUGCGCCUGAAGCGCGCGGCGCUGAGCCCGCGACCGCGCCCGCUCACGGGCGAGGCGGAUAGUAAGGGAGAAUGGGAUGGGAAGAACGAGGUGGAAGACGGCCCGCAGCUGGUGACUGCAGCGCUGGAGAGCGUGGGGUGGUAG